AUGGCCUGCUGUUUAUCCGAAGAGGCUCGCGAGCAGAAGCGAAUAAAUCAAGAAAUCGAGAAACAGCUUCAGCGUGACAAAAGAAAUGCUCGACGAGAACUCAAAUUGCUUUUAUUGGGGACUGGAGAGUCCGGCAAAUCAACGUUCAUCAAACAGAUGCGAAUUAUCCACGGUCAAGGAUAUUCAGACGAAGACAAACGAGCACACAUCCGAUUAGUGUAUCAGAACGUGUUUAUGGCCAUACAGUCUAUGAUACGAGCAAUGGACACACUGUGUAUACAAUUUGGGGAUCAAUCAGAAGAGCUACAGGAGAAGGCGGCUGUUGUGCGGGAAGUGGAUUUCGAGUCAGUAACGUCUUUCGAAGAACCUUACGUGUCGUUUAUCAAAGAGCUAUGGGAGGAUUCUGGUAUUCAAGAAUGUUAUGAUAGGAGGAGAGAAUAUCAGCUCACCGAUUCAGCCAAAUACUACCUUUCCGAUCUCCGAAGGCUCGCCGUGCCGGACUAUCUUCCAACAGAGCAGGACAUCCUGCGUGUUCGUGUGCCAACCACCGGUAUCAUUGAAUAUCCAUUUGAUUUGGAACAGAUCAUCUUUCGAAUGGUCGACGUAGGAGGUCAGCGAUCAGAAAGGCGGAAGUGGAUUCACUGUUUCGAAAAUGUAACAUCCAUCAUGUUCCUCGUUGCACUGUCAGAAUACGAUCAAGUGUUAGUGGAGUGUGAUAAUGAGAACCGAAUGGAGGAAUCAAAAGCCCUUUUCCGAACGAUCAUCACAUAUCCGUGGUUCACCAACUCAUCCGUCAUUCUGUUCCUGAACAAGAAAGAUCUCUUGGAGGAGAAGAUUCUCUACUCACAUCUAGCAGAUUACUUCCCCGAAUAUGACGGACCACCACGCGAUCCCAUUGCGGCCAGAGAGUUCAUACUUAAGAUGUUCGUCGAUUUGAACCCAGAUGCCGACAAGAUUAUCUACUCUCAUUUUACGUGCGCCACUGAUACGGAAAAUAUUCGGUUCGUGUUUGCCGCCGUCAAAGACACAAUUCUACAGCAUAAUCUGAAGGAGUACAACUUGGUGUAA